AGUUUAAUAGGAAGUGGGAUAAUCGUGGCGAUGGGGAUCUAGCAACUGUUUCAACUGACUUCUCUGUACGUCUCUCUCUCCAGUUAGUGUCCCCGAGUUUCACCAGUAAAACCACCCAGUUUCAGCGCGUAAAAGUGAUCGGAGCGCAGCCCUUUUCUGCCACAAUGGCUGCGACGUAGCGCAACUUUUGGAUCCGAGGUGGAUGAUCGACAGCGCUCCGAGGUGCCGUCAACUUUUACACACUUGAAGGAGACACCGAGGAGGAAAACAAAACAAAAACAACAACAUGAAGAAACAGUUUAAUCGCAUGAGGCAGCUUGCCAACCAGACUGUUGGGAGGGCUGAGAAAACUGAGGUGCUGAGUGAUGACCUCCUGCAGAUCGAGAGGCGGUUGGAGUUGGUGCGUUUGGUGUCGCACAACACACACAAGAGGCUGGUUUCCUGUCUGCAGGGUCAACUUGGAACAGACACAGAGAAGAGACAUAAAAAGUUGCCCCUGACGAUGCUGUCCCAGGCAAUGCAGGAGGGAGGCGGUCAGCUGGGAGAGGAGAGUCUGAUUGGCAAAAUGAUGGAUGUGUGUGGAGAGGCUGAGAGCAGGUUAGCCACUGAACUGAUGCAGCAUGAAGUCCAGAUUGAGAGAGACAUCCUGGAUCCUCUGAACCAGCUGGCAGAGAUUGAGAUUCCCAAUAUACUAAAACAAAGGAAACAAUUGGCUAAACUGGUUCUGGACUAUGACUCGGCCAAGACAAGGUGGUACCAGGCAACAAAGUCCAACAACCAGGCCAUGGCAGCUAAGGCGGAUUCUCUUAAAGAUGAGAUGGACGAGGCUCUCAACAAAGUAGAAAUAUGCAAGGACCAGCUCUCUGCAGACUUGUACAACUUUGCUUCCAAGGAGGGAGAUUAUGCACGCUAUUAUGUCAUGUUAUUAGAGGCCCAGGCAGACUACCACAGGAGGUCUCUGGCAGCUCUGGAGGCAGCUAUACCGACUAUCCAAACACAGCAAGACUCGUGGAUGGAGAAACCAGCGUACGGCACGGCUCUGGAGGAGCACCUGAAGAGGAGCAACCGUGAGAUCGCUCUCCCCAUAGAGGCCUGCGUCAUGAUGCUGCUGGAGACCGGCAUGAAGGAGGAGGGUCUCUUCAGAAUAGCUGCUGGAGCUUCAAAACUGAAGAAGCUAAAAGCAGCGCUGGACUGCUCCACCUCGCAGCUCGAGGAGUUCUACUCUGAUCCACACGCCGUCGCCGGAGCCCUGAAGUCCUACCUCAGGGAACUUCCUGAACCUCUAAUGACUUAUGGUCUGUACGACGAGUGGCUGCAGGCCUCCAAUGUGUCUGACUCGGACAAGAGGCUUCAGGCCUUGUGGGUGACAUGUGACCGUUUGCCGAAGACUCACAAGGCGAACCUCAGGUAUCUGGUGAAGUUUCUGGCUAAACUGGCUCAGGACAGUGAGGUCAAUAAGAUGACUCCCAGCAACAUCGCCAUCGUCCUGGGGCCCAACCUGCUGUGGGCAAAGACUGAAGGGACGCUGGCAGAGAUGGCAGCAGCUACAUCUGUCCACGUGGUCGCCAUCAUUGAGCCCAUCAUCCAGCACGCUGAUUGGUUCUUUCCUGAAGAGGUGGACUUCAACGUGUCGGGCAUGUUUGCCAUGCCCACCCACCCCGCCACCCCAGAUCCCGAACCUGGCCUGGAUAGGAAACGCCCCGGCAGCCUGGUGGGGCAGGACGGGGACAGUCACACCCCCCGUAAAGACAGCACUGUUAACAAACAGCCGGAGCCCACUCCACGUAGAGCCAGCGCUGUAAAUAGAAAGCAGCCGCAGCUAACCUCACCCACCUUCCAACCCCCACUGCCCCCUCUGGAAGCCGGGGGUCCUGCCCAUCCUGAGCCCCAGCCGCAGCUCUCGUCCCCGGCUACAGAGGCUGAGCAGCCUGGUGGUGGUGGUGUUGGUGGUGGUCUGGGUGGUGGGGUCCAGGUAGCCACAGUGCAACCUCAGGUUGUAACCCAGCUCAGCGCAGAGGAGAGCAGCCCGGCCCGUGAGGUUACAUCUACCCCCCCUCCCCAGAGGAAUGGUUCAGUCCAUCUUUCUGUAGGAACCCCUCACUCUCAGGGUGGAUCCAGGGGGCCUAGUCCUCAUAUGGUUCGCAGAGGCACCAAGAAGCAGGCCCCAGCCCCGCCCAAACAGUUCAGCCCCUUUGCCUCUCAGCCCAGCAACACCCAGACACCCGGAUCCCUUCAUCACCCACCCAUCACGCCCAGGCGCCACCCUGGCAAAGACAGCCCAAUCCACGCCCCGAGCCAUCCGCCUCCACAGCCUCCUCAAGCUCAACCAAGCCAGGGGGAGUCGGAGCCUUCUCCCCCCAGCACUCCUACCCCUCCUGACACUCCGCCUCAUGAUGGAUCGCAGUCCAACCCGCUGUCUUCCUACCACUCUGGAUCCCUCCCUCGCCCCUCCAGGCCGGCGCCUAGGCCACGGCCCCGACCCAGCAUGCCGCCACCCCCACAACCUGCAGCGAAUGACAACGGUAAUGGCCUCUUUGGCUCAGCCUCCAAGAUCAUAACAGACGGAGGCCUGUCAUUUAAGGGGCUUGGACGAGCCCUUAUCCCUGAGGUGAUUGCAGACCAACAAGGGGAGAGCUCUGCUGGUCAAGAGCCCGCCAUCAACCCAGCCCCGCCCCCAGACCCUAAUGUUCAGACAGAUUUCACCGCUCUCUGAAGAAAAAGAGACCUUGCUUUCAUCGAAAUCCUCAUUUAUUCUGGAGGUCUACGUAACAGAUUUGAAUGUUAAGAAUCAAAUAUCAGACAGGUAACUCAAGCGCAUCGGUUUACUCCAGCUCUUUUCGCACCACUCAUAUGAUGCUCAGACUGCUUUCUGGAAAAAAAAUGGCUGCCUUAUCUUCAUUUUGCCGAGACUUGAACCAGAAACCUCAAAACUCCAGUCCAGCUAUUAGACUUAAUAUCAAACUCCCUUUGUUCUAUAUACUGCUGGGUAUGUUAGAAAUGGACUGCAGAGCCUUGCUAGUCUCGAGGCUAAUGGGACUUAAAUAUAAAUAUAUAUAUAUAGCCUGAACACAGCAGCUGAAGUCAAAGGGUGCUAAGCUUUUAACUUGCCUCCUUCUUUUUUUUAAAAUCUUGCUAUUGAUACUAAAGGUUCAAUGCUGAAUGUUUUUGGAGACAGAAAUCUGUGAAUCUGGUUUUAGUGCCACAUAGACUUGACAACUAGUAUUUUUUUUAUUCAGCAGAGCUGUGUGGGGAUAUUUGAGUGUUAACCAGCCACUGAUGAUCUAUUUAUCAUUUUCCAGUUUCUCAGUUUCAGCUGGCAUAAUGCAUUGUUUAAUUUGGAAGUGCUUUUUAAUAAUUGUCAAACACUUCACUAUACAAACAACUGUAAAGGACCAAAGAUAUGGGCCAAAGGAAAUUUAACAAAAAUUUAGAGCUGCUCUGCUUCUGUUGUGGUUGUUGAUGACCAAAUAUUUUGUGCAAUAUACGAUGCAGUUGUCUUCCAGUGGUGUCCUCUCCACAGCACAUAAUUUUUCUGAUAGUUUUUCUUCUAGUAAACCAGUGGGGUGGAAUUUUUUUUCUAAAUUUUGAUUUCAACUGAACUGAUUUACCAAAGCUCUUAAAUGGCUUUAAAACUCAGAGAUUAGCUUUUAUCAUUAAAAGGGAUUUUUCUAACAGACUGAUUGUGAUAAAUGUAUUUUCAGUACAUAGCUUUUAACUGAUCACUCCCAUUCAAGCUCAGAGCUAUGACCAAAUGCAGCCAAAUUCUUAUUUUUUGUAUAAUUUUACUGGGGCUGAUAAUCUUUAUCUUGUUGGGUUUUUUUCAGCUCUUUAAUAUGUUUUUUUUUAAAUUACUUCUCAGCAUUUUUAUGUUGGCUUUUCUGCACAUUAUGCAUCAUACAAUGCAUCAUUACUCUUGACAAUUAAAGGUUUUUCAACAAUUUUA